AUGUCGCAGAAUAAUAGUUUUUACCCUUCUCAUGGUUGUGAACCUUCAACAUCAUUUCACUCUGAACUAACAUACUCAGCUACAGAUCGAUUAACGUAAGAUUUUUUAAAUUUUUAUUGAAGUUUAGGUAUAUAAUUUGAAAAAUUGCAGUGCACAGCAAUUUUUUGUGGUUUUGAGUUUUUUUUCUCAAGUAGGUUAAAAAUAAACCAAUAUAAUCAUUUCCUAAUAAAAAUUACCUUUUUAGAACAUCGUUCAGCUCAUAUACAUCAAAAUACACAGUAGCAUCGACUCGCUCAUCUGAUACGACGAUAAGGAAAGGCCCGUCUACACCGCCUCCAGAAGAGGAGGAAGGCACCGUAUCUCCUUUACCAUGGCGUCGACUUCUAGGUCGAAUCGAAGUUUGCAAAGAUGCCGAAUCUCGUUCUCAAUACAAACAACUCCUCGAACGAUAUGGUAACCACAACUUUUCGGAACGCAAACAUCGUGCAAUACAUCAAGGCAAAGACCUGUACGAGGACUUUGCGACAACAUACAAAGAACCGGAGAGGGAAUGGCAGUUGAUUGAGAGCAGAAUUUUUGGCAACAAACCUAAAAAGUAUUCGUUUUUGAAUAUUAUGGUCAAGGACAGCAAGGGUAAUUUGAAAGCGACGAAAAGAGUCAAUGGAGUUUGUAUGGAAUAUCCGGAGUUUACGAAAGAAGAAGUACAUGAUCCUAGAGGACCCCCAAAUGCUCAGAGAUUUGUUAUUCGAGAGUAUUCGGUAAGGAUUUUGAUUUGUUUUUGAUGUUUAGGAUAAUCUUGUAGUAGUUUUUGGAAAAAUAAAGAUUCUGUGAAGAGUUUAUGGGAGACAUGGGUAAAGUAAGGUCUAAAACGCAGAUAAAAGAGUGAUUGUUGAGAAAGAAAAUGUGCUUUGGCAAUGGAAUAGAGGUAAAUGAUUAAAACUUGAGGUUUAUAUUAUAGCAGGCAUCAGAUAACCGUGAAGUACUUGGUUUUUGCCAUAUUUUUUUAAAAAAUAAAGUUCAAAUCUUAAAAUUUUAAAUUAUUAUAGAAAUUUAAUUGUUUAAUCUUUUUUUAAAAAUAAAAUUCAAAAAUUUAACGUUAGAGUCAAAAAACAUUGCAUUUCUUUCAGGAAGUCGAUGUUGUGAUUGACAACAAUUACUGUGCUGCCCCACCUCGUCGCGAGGUUUGUAUAACUAACCUAAAUGACAAUGUCAGAGAAGAAUAUUUGCUUUCAAUUUGCUCUAAGUUUGGCCACGUCAACUAUCUCCAUAUAUACACUAAUCCAGACCCAAAAGUUCGAAAGCAUCUUGGCUUUGCUUUACUCGAGUUUACAUGUGAAGAAGAUGCGAUGUCUUUCGUGAAACACUACACGGAAACUCCGACAAUCAUGGGAUUCCCAGUGAAAGUGUUCAUAGACACACUGGGCUUCUGGGCGACAGAAGAGUACAAAAAAGUCACCAAAUUUGAUGCACCGUUACCUCCAAGACAUGCCAAUCUAACUGAUGUUAUUGCAACAGCAAGACUACGGCAUUUGGUCAAGCUUGUGAACGCAGAAGAUGGUAUUAUAGAUAGUAGAGAAGCUUUAGAACCGAAUCAUGUUUCGUCGAAUGGAGAUGGCAAGAAAGGUAUGUUGUUUUAGUUACUUAUUGGCUUUUAGGAGUGGCUUUAGGAGAGGUUUGGAUGGAAGAUACACAUUUUCUGUUGUUUGAUGCAAAAAGAAUGACGAUUUUGGUCUUCUGAUGCAGAAAUAAUGGCAUUUUACUAUCUUGUUGCAAAAAGGAUGACGCUUUUAGUUUGUUGAUGCAAAAAGAAUGACACUUUUAGAACUUCGAUGCUAAAAGAAUGACACGUUUAGUGUCUUUGUGCAAAAAUAAUGGCGUUUUAGUAAUGUGAUGCAAAAAGAAUGGCACCUUUAGUGUUUUGAUGCGAAAAGAAUGGCACUUUUAGUAUUUUCAUGCAAAGAGAAUGACACAUCUCUAAUUUUAACAUAACUUUUAGGCUGUCACACUCCUCCCGAGCCACCAUCAACUAAAAAAGGCCCAAAAACCCCGGAAUUUGCGGAAAGAAAACGUUCAAGCUCGCAAAACUCAUCGAACACAUUCGAUUCCUUAUCACCAGGUCCUCGCAGAUACAAGGACAGGUCGCGAAGCGACAAAUACGAUAAAUAUUCGUACAAGAAUGACAAGUACUCGAAGUACGACGACAGAAAACGAAGAAGAUCUCUGAGCUCGGCUAGCGAUGGAUCAUCGUCGGAUAAUGCACGAUAUAGUAGAAGGAAAAGUGGACGAUACGAUGAUAGAGAGAGUGGAAGUCAAAGGAAAAGGGUGGGUUUGAAGUUUAAGUUUAAAAUUUUUUAAGUAACAAUAUUUUUUUAAAUUAAUGAUUUUAGGUAUAAAAGGCUUUAUUUUGGAUUUUUAGGUCCAAAAGCUUUUUAAACAUGGUUUUUUAAAUUAAUUAUACGCUUUGAAAAUGUUAAUUCUAGCUAAAAAAGCUUUAUAUAGCUAUUUUAUCUAAAUUGGCUUCUUUCAGGUAUCUCGAUUCGAUCGUAUGAACGUAACUCAAUCCCCAAUGAAUCCAGUAAAACAAGAACCAGACCAACCCCUCUCCCAACCAGUACCACAGCUCAUCAAACCAACAAUCAAGCCUCACAGUCAAGAGAAGGAACACGAUUACAGUGACUACAUCCUAAAACAAGAUGGCGUCUUCUGGGAUGCAACUUCAGCCUUCGUAUGGCGAGACUACCCUUUACAGUACUUUAACAGAUACGCGGAUGCGGCCGAACAAGCCAAAGUCAUCGAGUACGGUUGGCAACAACACGAAGGCGACGUCACUCGCUUUCCAACGUGUUACAUUGACUUAGGCUAUGCCUACUAUACGACCAAGUUGAAGUACCCACAACCACCGGUCGACACCAUGAAGGAGAAUAUUGAUCUGGCGAAGCAGAGUUUGAAGACGGAAAUGUUGUUCCAUUUAACACAGGCGGUCGGACAAAUCAUUGAACAUAAGCUGUAUUUGGAGAUGGAGAAGAUGCACAAUGCAUAUGAUGCGGAAGUGGUGGGUUUUUGAGGGUUUUCUUACAUAAGUGAAUCCUUUAUUUUUUGAUUAAAGUUUGAACUCAACUUUUAAAUUUCAGAAGAAACGAGAAGCCGAAAAAGCCAAGCAGAAGGUUCAACUUAAACAAUUUGAUCUGGAAGCAUACUUGGAAGGUCAAUCAAGAAGACAAUCUGUGUUUGGAUCUGUUUCGGUAAGUUUUUUACAUUUUAAAUAAAAAAUUGCCUUUUUUAAACAAAGACAACCUUAAGGAAGUAAAAUAUCUUUAAUUAAUUCUUAAAAAGGUAAAAUACGUUAGCUUGCUAAAGUAAUCAUUUCCAGUUUAACAAGAACAAUGUCGUAUCGAAAAAGCGGGACGACAAGAAGAACAAACACUCCAAACGAGGCCAUGUCACAAUAAACGGCAAGAAACGUGCUAUUCUCAGUGAUUCUGAAGACUUUUCGGACGACGAUGCCAAAUCCAUUUCGUCCAUCUCUUCAUCUAACAUCAGACGAUCGCCAACGCCAGAAGAACGCGAUUACAUGAAUGUCAAGACCGAAGUUGACGAAAAUAUACCAAAAAGUCCUAUUAAUAGUGAUGAUUCGGCUACCGAAGACAAGGCUUCAAUACCUUUGGUCAGUACCUUGGAAGUCACCAAAGAUGAUUGUAACAACGCUGCACAACUUCAGAAGGUAAAAAAUUCAGAUGGAGCACUUCAGAAGGUUGUAGAUGAUUCAGAUUCAGACGAAAGUUUGAUUCUGAAGACGUCGAAGAAAAAGAAGCUGAACAAAGAAGUCACCGUGCUCUCUACAACGUCAGAAGAAGAAGAAUCUUCUGACUCUGAUUCGGACGAAGAUUCGGACUCUUCAAGCACAUCCUCAAGCUCAUCCGAGCCACGAAUGUGUACCAUCGAAGACGCGGCACGAGCUUUUGAGGAAUCUAGAAAGAAGUCGGUACCGUGGCGAAUUGAACCCGCCAAAGAAGCCGCUUCAACGUCAGAUACGAAGAAAAAAGAAGAGGUAAAUGUAGAAAUAAAGAAAGAAAAGAAAGAAGAAGUGAAUGUGUUCCUUCAAGGCUCAGACCGAAUCAUCAGAAGGGUGGAUUACUGUGAGAACGACUCCAGCGGCGACGACGAAUCCGAUUGGGAGGAUUCGGACAAGAAGAAGAAGCCAAAAGCAAAGAAAAAGGCUAGUCCACGUAACGACGAUAGUGACGAGGAGGUGGUUGUACAAAAGCCUAAAGCCAAGAAGAAUCAGAAGGAUUCAAAGAAGGCGGACGUGAAGCCGAAGGCUGAUACCAAGCAGAAGGCUGAUGCUAAACAGAAGAAUGAUACCAAGCAGAAGGCUAAUGGGAAGAAGAAAGCCGCAAAGGCUCCUAAAAGCACUCCAGCAACCCCAAGCUUGCCUAGGAAAAAUUCUGAAACAACAAGAUCGCCUAGAGAGAAUUCUGAAGGUCCAACAUCACCAAUGAACACUUCUGAAGCUGUACGGUCUCCAAAAAAGGCUUUUGAAACUGUAAAAUCUCCGAAGAACACUCCUGAAAGUCCAAGGUCACCAAUAAAAACUUCUGAAGCUUCACAGUCUCUAAAGAACACUUCUGAAGCCUCACAGUCUCCAAAAAAGACUCCCAAACACGUAGAAUCACCUCUAAAGUACACCAUAGAUUCAGAAUCCUUAUCACUGCCACCGUCUUCAGAGUACGACAAAACUUAUCAACCAACAACUCAAGAAUCGAGUAUGUCCAGCUCGGAAGAAGCGUCUCAAAAGUCAUCGGACGAAGCGGAUUCACAAACUUCAGAACCCAACCAAGCCGGCGGCGUCUAUUCAGCUCUACCUGGAACGAAACCUCCAGAACCAAUCGAUUCAUCGUCGGUGGAAUCGUCGGACGAUGAGUCUUGGACUGAACAUUUGUCCGGAUCAGAAGCCGACAAGUCCAAGUCCCACACUCCGAAGCCACAAACUCCGAAGAACUCGGCCUUAACAGAACCACUGAUAAGCAAAGAAGAACUCCUGAAACAGCUACAGCAGAAAUUGAAGGAGAAACAGCAGGAACUAAGUUUACAGAAGGAAGAACACAAGCCAGUCAUCUACGAUCCCAUGCCACGAGCAUGGCUUCAGGUUCCAGUCCAAGAGAAACGACGAAGCAUCGACGAGAAGUUUUAUCAGAAGCGGGUCGUGGAGCUGAAGCCAAAGGAUAACAAGUUUGCGAAUGUCAAGUUUCCAAAGAGGAGCAAUGAACAGGAGAAAGAGUUGUUGUAUAAGGUAGGGAUUUGCAUUUUUUGAAAACAAAUUUUUUUUUAUUUUUAAAAAAUUUUAAUGUCUAAAAUGACAAAUUUCAAAAAAUACAACCAAACCCUUCAAAUUCCAGGCCAUUGACGAAGAAGACGCCAUGUACGUGGCCAACGUCGCCCAAGAACACCGCUACCACUUCCAAGUGGGCCACGAAGAACAACGACACGAGCUCUUCUUCGCCAAUCCCUUCACCUACAACCGCGUCGACGACGAAUCGGAAUCCGAAAAAAAGAAGCCGAGAAGAAAAGAGGAACUAACCUGUGCCAGAAUCCGCGCCUAUGUCCGCGGUCAAGCCAAGAAACACGUGCUACCGGCCCGGGAACAAGGCGCACUGGAGAUAACGGAACGAGACGAACGAGCGGCCAGAAAUCGGCAGGAACGCUCGAGGGAACUGAAGUUGCUACAAAGAGGAUUGUACUCGAGUAUUGGCGAUAGGAGUUUGGUCAGGUCGAAUAACAUGUUUGUAAGUUUUUAAAAGCGUUUUGAUGCAAAAAGAAUGGCACUUUUGUUGUUUUGAUGCAAAAAGAAUGGCGCUUUUGUUGUUUUGAUGCAAAAAGAAUGGUAAUUUUUGUGUUUUGAUGCAAAAAGAAUGGCGUUUUUGUUGUUUUGUUGCAAAAAGAAUGGCGCUUCUGCUGUUUUGAUGCAAAAAGAAUGGCGCUUUUGUUGUUUUGAUGUAAAAAGAAUGGAACUUUUGGUGCCUUGAUGCAAAAAGAAUGGCGCUUUCGGUGUUUUAAUGUAAAAAGAAUGGCACUUUUGAUUUUUUGAUGCAGAAAGAAUGCCGUUUUUGGUAUCUUGAUGCAAAAAGAAUGGCGCAUCUUAAAUUUUGGUUUGCAAUUUUAAAAUUUUUUGUUUUAGUUCCGCCACAAACAGCUCAAAUUCGCCCGCUCCAGAAUCCACGGAUGGGGAUUGUUCGCGGUGGAGGAUGUUCAACCUCACGAACUUAUUAUCGAAUACGUGGGAGAAAUGGUCAGGUCAACCGUCGCGGACGCUCGAGAAGUUGGCUACACAAAACGAGGCAUCGGAUCGUCGUAUCUUUUCAGAUUGGAUUCUGAUUUUGUAAGUUUUUAUGGAAGUUUGAGGGUUUUGGACGAUGUUUUGUGGUUUUUGGAUAACAAAAAUUGAAUUUUGGAUUUUUACUACUUAAAUUUUACUGACAAGGUAUUUGAAAUGAUGUUCGUUUUUUAAAAAAGGUAAUAUUUUGAUAUUAAAAAUUUAUUUUCAGGUCAUUGACGCCACGAAAUCCGGCAAUGUCGCUCGCUUCAUCAACCACUCGUGCUCACCCAACUGCUAUGCCAAAAUCCUCAACGUAGGCACGCAGAAGAAGAUUUGCAUCUACGGGAAGCGGUUCAUAAGCAAGGGCGAGGAAAUAACCUAUGACUAUAAGUUCCCAUUCGAAGAGGAGAAGAUCGUCUGCUUCUGUGGAGCAGACAAUUGUCGAGGGUCUUUGAAUUAA